ACCAACAAAUAGAGACGAUAGUUGAGGAAUCAAAACCAAUGGGAUCCCAAAGUGAAGAUCAUGUUGCAAAAUUGCUUCAAGCUCAAACCCAAGUAUUCAACCACAUUUUUAGUUUCAUAAACUCAAUGUCCCUUAAAUGUGCAAUUGAAUUGUGUAUACCAGAUGUUAUACACAACUAUGGCCAACCAAUCCCACUCUCAAAACUCAUUUCUUUGUUACCAAUCCACCCUUCCAAAACCGGUGACAUACAUCGUUUGAUGCGAGUUUUAACACAUUCUGGUUUCUUCAAUGUCUCUAAAAAUGAUCUAGAAGUGAUGUAUGAGCUUAAUGAUGCAUCUAGGUUAUUGCUUAAGGACCAUCCCUUUAGUAUGACAUCUUUGUUACAUGUUAUACUUGGUCCAAUUCUGAGUAAACCAUGGUAUCAACUUUCUAAUUGGUACAAAAAUGAUGACCCUUCACCUUUUCACACCGAAAAUAACGGGGUUGCAUUUUGGGAUUAUGCUGGCCAUGAUCCUAAUCACAAUAAUUUGUUCAAUGAAGCUAUGGCUUGUGAAACUAGAUUGGCUUCUAGUGUUGUGAUGGGAAAGUGUAAAGGGGUGUUUGAAGGAUUGGAAUCAUUGGUUGAUGUUGGUGGAGGCAUAGGGACUAUUACUAAGGUCAUUGCUAAGUCAUUCCCAAACAUUGAGUGCAUUGUAUUUGAUCUUCCACAUGUUGUUGAUGGCUUACAAGGAAGUGAAAACUUAAAAUAUGUUGGAGGUGACAUGUUUGAGGCUAUUCCUCCUACCCAUUCAAUUUUACUCAAGGGUGUAUUACAUGACUGGAACGAUGAGGAAUGCUUGAAAAUACUAAAGAAAUGCAAGGAAGCAAUAGGAAACAAAGGUAAAGAAGGGAAAGUGAUAAUCAUAGACGCAGUGAUGGGGAAUGAGAAGGAAGACAAUGAAUCAAUUGAAGCACAAUUGUUCUAUGAUUUGGAGAUGAUGGUGUUGGUCAAUGGAAAAGAGAGAAAUGAAAAAGAAUGGUCUAAUUUGUUUUUAUCUGCUGGUUUUAGUAACUACAAGAUAACUCAUGGUCUUGGUUUUAAGUCUCUCAUUGAGGUUUUUCCCUAGUACAAGUACUUGUAAUUGAAGUGGUUCACAUUCACACUAUAAGGGCCAGUGUAUCCUCUGUUUGUUGGUGUGUUUGAACUUGUGUCCAAUUGUGUGUUUUAUCCCCUUUAUGUACCGUGUAAGUUUGUGUUAUUUUUUUAUUUUGAGAGGAUGUAUGUUUGUGUUAUUGUUUUGUUACAAUAAAUAUGAUUUGAUUUUGGAUUA